AAGAAUAAGGUCACAUCAAAUGUAUUCGUGCCAAAUGCUCCAUUCCUUACAGAUCUCAGCGACGCACCAUGGCCUUAAUCUAUAGGAACUUCAGGAAUCUUAGCAGGGUAGGACAUUUUAAGCAUAUCAAUUCAGCAAGUUAUUCGCAAAAGGUUGUGGCCAAUGAUGAGUUGGUAAUAAGGAAGUUGGACGAGAAGGAUGCAGGUGUUACGGUCUUCGGAUUGAACAGACCAAAAGCCAGAAACGCCUUCAGCACCACACUUGUAGAUAACUUAAAUAGAGCCUUGGAUGAGGUCGCCGUCGACAGCAACGCCAGGGUCCUGCUGAUCCGCAGCAUGGUACCUGGAGUAUUCGGCGCAGGUGCGGAUUUGAAGGAGAGAGCCACGAUGACCCAGAAGCAGGUCUCGAUUUUCGUGACCAGCCUUCGAGCCAUGAUGAACAGAAUUCACGAGCUGCCCAUACCCGUGAUUGCUGCUCUGGAUGGAUUGGCCUUAGGAGGUGGACUGGAAUUGGCUCUGGCUUGCGACAUAAGGGUUGCUUCGAUUUACGCUAAGCUAGGAUUAGUGGAAACCAAAUUGGCAAUCAUCCCAGGCGCCGGAGGAUCUCAGAGAUUGCCGAGAUUAAUUAAUCCUGCUGUAGCUAAGGAACUAAUUUACACUGCUAGGAUCUUCGAUGGCAAAGAAGCUAAAGAAUUAGGAGUUGUUAAUCAUGCUGUGGAACAAAACGAAGAAGGUGAUGCGGCGUAUGUGAAAUCGUUGGAUAUAGCUAGGGAAAUCCUUCCAAACGGCCCGGUGGGCGUAAAAAUGGCAAAAGCUGCGAUUAACCAAGGACUUGAAGUAGAUCUGAAGAGCGCAUUUGAAUUCGAGAAAUCCUACUACGCUCAAUUGAUUCCCACCAAAGAUCGCCUGGAAGGACUACAGGCUUUCAAGGAGAAACGCACCCCCAAGUACAUCGGAGAAUAAUUACUAUUAUUAAAUAUUAUUAUAAUGUGUUCAAUUUUUAUAAAUUGUUGUAACUUUUUAAGCCAUAAACGCGAUUUUUACGAACCUCUCAGUAUAUUGU